AUGAAAAAUUCGUAAGGCUUAAAUAAGCUAUUAAUGAGUAAAAGAACAAGGACCACAUUAACAUUGAAUUAAGAAACUAAUUAGUCUUCAAAUUAAACUAGAAAAUCAUCAAUUUAAGUUAUCAAUAUCAAUCAAUAAGAUGUAAAUUAGAAUCAGGAUAAGAUUUAUUUUUCAACUCGUCAAGGCUCUCCAAAAAAACAUAGACACACUAAAAGUAAAAAUAAUUACUAUUAAAUAGGUUUAGGUGAUACUUUAAUGAAAUCUACGUCAUAGAAAUUAAUAAAAACUACCCAAAGAGAUUUUCAAGAGAGUAACAUAAUUAAAGAAGGGGCUUUAUAUAAGAAGAUUUCUCCGAAGGUGAUCUUCUAGAAUGAUAAAAUCAAUGUUUAUUUUGUGAAGGAAGUCAAUAAAUUCACAUAAUCAAGUGACACAAAAAUAUCAUCUUAAGAUAUUGGUCAUAGAGAACAAACCAUAUAAGAAAUUUUUAAUUCUAGAGUUUCAAUUAAAGGGCCAAUUACAUCUAGUUAAAAUUUAUUAUAAGCCAGAAUCACAUAAGGAAUUUUGAGCAAUCCCAAACAUUUGUUUGCAGCUUCAAAUAAAAAGAUAAAACUAGAUAAAAAUGAAUCCUUAAAUACUAGUGUCAAGUCUUCCUUGUGUAAAUUAUUGAAAUUAUAUCAUUGA